AUGCACCCUCCGCGCUGGUCUCUUGCAGUCGGCAUCCUGGCCGCGACAGCGUCCGGGCAGCUGUGUUACUGGCCCAACGGCAAGGACGCAAGCCUUGUGGCCUGUCCCGUCGCCAACGGCACGGCGGCCGCGUGCUGCUUUGCGGACCACUACUGCAUGAGCAACGGCGUCUGCUUCUCCAACACCGACUUGAGCUUCUACCGUGGCGCCUGUACAGCCAAGGACUGGUCGACAAGCGGUUGCCCGACGUAUUGCGACAAAGAAGACGUCGCGGGCGCUGUUCUGAGGGCUCACGUCGGCAUUGCAAAAUGCACUAACAAGCAGUAUGCGUGCCAAUCAACGAGCAACUGCGCAACCGACAGCUUUGAAGUGCCUGUAGGAAUCAUGCUGUCGAACCUGUACUUGAAAUCGGAUAUCGGUGUCGUCUCGACCGCCUCCACCGUCAGCACAGCCGGCACACCUUCCGCAACCGCGACGAGCGUCGGUGCCGGCGGAGCCACCGAAGCGACAUGCACAUCGACGCCGGCGGCCGCGGCGGCCAGCAGCGGAAUCUCAACCGGCGCGGCGGCGGGCAUCGGCGUCGGCGUCGGCGCUCCGCUGGCUCUCGCCGCCGGGCUGCUCACGGUCCUGCUCCUGCACGAGAAGAAGAAGACGAGGGCGGCGUUAUCGAGGCCGGUAUACUCCGAAAUCGCCCCGACUUCGCCGUGGGCGAAAUCCGAACACACGACUUACGCGCCGGUGGAGAUCCCAACCCAGGCACCGCCACCCGAACUGCCCAGCGACCAUCGUGGCAGGCACGAGCUUUCCUGA